UCACCCUUCUAGGUUUCUCUUUAUCUCACCGGUCCUUUGGUGCGUGCCGCUGCUGCCGGAUAAGCCUAAGCGAGGGUUUUCUAAGGUUUUCUGAGCUCCACGGAGUCGAAAACUUUCUGCCAACAUGGUUCUUCAAAAUGAUGUUGACUUACUAAACCCUCCAGCUGAGCUGGAGAAGAGAAAGCAUAAGCUCAAGCGACUUGUUCAGUCGCCAAACUCCUUUUUCAUGGAUGUUAAGUGCCAGGGUUGCUUCAAUAUAACCACUGUGUUUAGCCACUCUCAGACGGUUGUGGUGUGUGGGAACUGCCAGACCGUCUUAUGCCAGCCCACGGGUGGGCGUGCAAGGCUGACUGAGGGAUGCUCUUUCAGGAAAAAGGGAGACUAAAUGGUGCUUCAACUUUUCUUUUUUUGCCUCAUUUGGAGGUUUUCGUGUUAGUGUUAAGUUGGAAUCAAUGCCUUGGCUUGCGUUAGUUAUGAUAUAUUAAUUUUGAUAGUUACAAGACUGUUUAUGUCACAAACUCCUUUGAGACUUAAUGAUAUCACCACCUUAUCUUGCAUUUUUCUUUUA